AAGCCAAGGAAAGAUUUGUUAACCUUUCUUCUAGAUCAGAACAGGUAACGUGAUACAGGAUUUCCUGAGGUUGGGACUGGAUUGACACAUUUUCCAUAUUCUGUUUUUGUUUACUCAGCUUCAACUGCCAUCUUUUAUACUAUCCUGGGGGAAAGGGGGAACCCAUGUGAAUGAGAGAUACUGGAUUUGGCCAAGAUCAUUAGGCGAGGGUGCCGUUCCCACACAGUGAUGCCUUGCAGGCACAAGGAUGGAAAAUUGUCCCAGGAAUGCGAUACCGCCAAGUCUGAACACAGAGAGGACACGACAGGCCUGCUGGGUCUUGACUUCAGCCUGCAGGGGAGCUGGAGGAGGCUGGCAGACCCUGCCCACAAACGGAAAGGCCUGGCUGCCAGUGGCUUUUCUUCUCUGCCACUGCAACACUGUUUCUGUGGGGGUGUGUAGACACAGCUUGAGGUUUUGUAUCCACUCUGUCAGUUGGUGAGAUAGAGAAGAGAUGGGCUGAUGGUUAUUGGGGCACUAUUGCACAUAGACGGGGCAUCGUUGGAGCCCAUAGAUGGGCACUGUUGGAAUUAUAUUGGGAGGGAUUGCGAGUGCCGGGAGCUUCCAUUCGGCUUUCUCUUCUUCAACAUUCAUGCUCCUGGAACUUGCAUUCCUCAUAGUGAAGGAUGGAAGCCCUUUGGCCUCGCCCUCCUGCCCAGCUGAUGUGAUGGGGGCAGAUGCAGGUGGCUGUCAAGAGAGCGAAGGGAAAGGAGAGGCUGGGUCUGGAAACCCUGCUGCUCCUGCUACAGGUGCUUCGGGUCCAGGCUCUGAUUUCCAGAAUCCACAUCCAAACUACGGAGUGAAGCCGAGACUGAGUGAAUGAUCAGGAGUGUUUGCAGGGUUCAGCCACAGUGUUAUCACGUUUUAUUCAAAUCUCCUAGUCCAAAAAGGAAUACCAUGCCCGGUUUCUAUCUCA